AUGGACCGAAGAUGUUUCGCCGUUCUCUGCCACCUAUUGAGGACCAUUGGUGGACUAAUGUUGACGGAAGUCAUCGAUGUUGAGGAGAUAGUAGCAAUGUUCCUCCACAUUCUUGCGCACGACGUGAAAAACCGUGUCAUUCAACUGGAGUUCAUGCGAUCGGGCUAUUACUACCUGGUUGAUGUCGGGUACCCAAAUGCAGAGGGUUUCCUCACACCAUAUAGAGGCCAACGCUACCACUUGCAGAAACGACAUGGUGCUGAAAAUGCACCUUCAACGUCGAAAGAGUUCUUCACUAUGAAGCAUUCUUCUGCUCAUAAUGUAAUCGAAAGAGCAUUCGACGUCUUGAAGGGUCGAUGGACAAUACUGCAGGCAAAGUCACACUACCCUGUAAAAGUCCAAUGCCAUACAAUACUCACAUGUUGUCUCCUCCACAACCUUAUCAAUAGAGAGAUGACAACCUUUGAUAUAGUGGACGACAUAGAUGAGGUUGAUUCCACCCAUGCGACUAGUGCCGCCGAUGACAUACAUUACAUAGAGACGUCCAAUGAGUGGACUCGGUGGAGGGACGACCUUGCUAAAGAAAUGUUUAGUGAAUGGGAGUUGCGUAACUAG